GGGUGCGACCCAACUGAGCAGGCUCCCUGGGCCGGCGAGGAAUGAGCAGCGCCUGUGACAACCGUUACAGCAUCGUGUCAUCGCAGGAAGACGGGCUGAGGCUGGCAACCAUGCCAGGGAUCAAUGGCUACGGCAACGGGAAAAUCCACACCAGGAGGAAGUGCCGCAGCCGCUUUGUGAAGAAGAAUGGCCAGUGCAACGUGCAGUUCGCCAACAUGAGCGACAAGCCGCAGCGGUACAUCGCGGACAUCUUCACCACGUGCGUGGACGUGCGAUGGCGCUACAUGCUGCUCAUCUUCUCCAUGGCCUUCCUCAUCUCCUGGCUGACCUUCGGCCUGGCCUUCUGGCUCAUCGCGCUAAUCCACGGGGACCUGGAGAGCCCUGCAGGGGACGAGGUGCCCAUGCCCUGCGUGUCGCAGGUGAACGGAUUUAUCGCCGCCUUCCUGUUUUCCAUCGAGACCCAGACAACCAUUGGGUACGGGUUCCGCUGCGUGACGGAGGAGUGUCCACUGGCCAUCUUCCUGGUGGUCUUCCAGUCCAUCGUUGGGUGCAUCAUAGACUCGUUCAUGAUCGGGGCCAUCAUGGCGAAGAUGGCCCGGCCCAAGAAACGGGCCCAGACAUUGCUUUUCAGCCACAAUGCUGUGAUCGCCAUGAGAGACGGAAAACUCUCCCUGAUGUGGAGAGUGGGCAACCUGAGGAAAAGUCACAUCGUGGAAGCACAUGUCAGGGCCCAGUUAAUCAAGCCUCGGAUCACUGAGGAAGGGGAGUACAUUCCCCUUGACCAGAUUGAUAUUGACGUGGGCUUUGAUAAGGGGUACGACCGCAUCUUCCUGGUUUCCCCCAUAACUAUACUGCAUGAGAUCGACGAGGGAAGUCCGCUGUAUGGCAUCAGCAGGCAGGACCUGGAGGUGGCCGACUUUGAGAUUGUGGUCAUCCUUGAGGGCAUGGUGGAAGCCACGGCGAUGACCACCCAAGCCCGCAGCUCGUACCUGGCCAGCGAGAUCCUCUGGGGUCAGCGGUUUGAGCCGGUGCUCUUCGAGGAAAAGGACCAGUACAAAGUCGACUACUCGCAUUUCCACAAAACCUACGAGGUGCCCCUGACCCCCCGGUGCAGUGCCAAGGAUCUGGUGGAGAGCAAGUUCCUCGUCCCCAGCACCAACUCUUUUUGCUACGAGAACGAGUUGGCUUUCAUGAGCCGGGACGAGGACGAUGAGGGAGACGACAUUGACAGCAGGGUGUUGGAUAACCCCAGCCCCAACAGCAGCCGACAUGAAUUUGACCGGUUACAGGCGACUUUGGCUCUGGAUCAAAGGUCUUUCAGAAGGGAAUCCGAGAUAUGACCUGUGACUGUUACAAUAAGCCUUUUGUCAAAUUAAGCAAUGGGAUUCUGAUCAUCAUGAGUGCCAUAAAAAAAAAGCUACAUCAUAGAAAUUUGGUGAAAAAUUGAUUGUAAUGGUGGAGGGAAUUCUCAAAUAUGAAUUUGAAUGGUAGCUGCAAAGCAACAGAAUGAGUUAGCAAUCGAUGUGAGCAAAGAUAGAAUUAUUAUCGUCAUGCUUUUAGGAGAUUAUGUAACAUUAACAAUUACCUUUCCAAUGGAUUUAGACAUUAAUGUAGGAAGUCAAGUAACUGGUUACAGCAAGGUGUUGGAUGUGAAGCACUUUAGAAUGUGUGGAACCGUGAGCUUAAAGGAGAAUAGAUCUAGAACAAAACCAUGAUGUUUAGACUUGCAAAUAGGCCUUCCAACUUGUCAGACCAGACUUAAUGUUCCUUAGGGUUUUCUUCACCAUUUGACAUUUUACUGGAAAGGAAGUAUCUUUGUAUCAGCUGGCAGAUGGACAGAGAGCAGGGAUGAAAUUACCAAGCAUCAGUGCACAUCAAGUCAGCCACAGAGAGUGAGUGGCUCAGUGCCGGCCCGCACAAUUACCUGUGCACUUAACCAGUGUGGAGAGCUAGACAUUGUACCAGGUGAAAAUUACACAAAGCUCCUGGGGCGUACAGGAAAAGGUAUCAUUUGCGCGUGGAUUGUCACAUCAAUGUCGCUCAAGCACAGUACAUUUUUGUAAAAUUAAAGAUUUUUAUCUUUAAAUACAAAUUGCUUCUAAGAUAAUAUCACUGUACAGACUUAGCUAGACUGUGUUCUAUUAUAUAUAAUGUAUUGGCCUAGCUAAGGAGAACGCUGUUCCCGUAUAUUUUAUAGAAACACACUCAUAUUCACAAAUGCACACCUAAUCAUUCAUGCAGUGAUACAGUUACAUACAGAUUCACAGAUACACAUUUGUAUACGCAUCUACACAACCGCAUACGCUCAGAUACACACAGAUAAACACACAUACAUACACACAUAUACACUCUUGAACACAUAAUGUAUUCUCAUACACACUCUCAUGCAUGCACACAUGCAUAAGCACUUAUGCUCAUACACGCACCCACGCACGCACACACAGAUACGCGCACACACACACACACACACACACACACACACACACACACACACACACAGAUACGCACACACACACACACACACACACACACACAGAUACGCACACACACACACACACACACAGAUACACAUAGGCACUCGCACUAUAUAGUUGGGAAGAAUGGUGUUAUAUACUAUAAACCUAGCAGGAGUGAGUGCUAUGGUUAAUUACUAUCAGGGAGUAAAUUAAAGGGAAGGAACGUCUGAAGGGAGAGUGUUUCUCCACAAUAAAAGAAAUGGAAGGAAUAAAGCUCCAAGGAUCCAAUCCAAGUCUGCAUCAGUGGUAAAUGGGAGCCCUGCUUUGAGAAUCGACCAUAUAGUGUCAUAGCCUUACAUCAAGCCUUCUAGCAGCGUUCCUUGCUAGGAAUUGAACCCAACAACAUCACUCCCGCAAUGUCCUUACCAGAAUUUUAGACAUUAAUGUAGGAAGUCAAGUAACUGGUUGAUUAUUUUGUUUACAAAAAUUCUAAAUUGUGUGGAGAUCCCUCUACAGUGCUUGAGUGUUCCUCUCCACCAGGCAGUUUUGGGAUCAUCAACAAUGAUGUGGCCACUCAGAUACCUCGGGGUAAUGUCAUAAAGUGGCAAGAGGUCCCUAGCUGCAGAAAGGCAUGAGAUCUAAUCUGUAGCCACGGGGGGUCUAUCAACCAACACAGUUUUAGGGGCAAAGAAAUGGACUCAUGUGCAAUUGUAUUGAUUUUAUUUUCUUCUCUCAAAACAAGAAUUUCUGGUAUUGAUAGUCCAUCCCCAGUUACUCUUUGGGAGCUGGUUGCAAGCCUUCCUAUGUUGAAGCAACCAGUGGGUAAAGGCACCCACAGUGCCUCCGUCACUGUGGAGAGGCUUCAGAAUGCACAGGCCCUUUUGUAAAGAGCAUCAUCUGAGAAUUCAGGUGGGCGAUGCAUGGAUGGGACACUACUUUAACUUCAAGGUACACUUUCCUGCCUGACUUUCCAACCUCUUUAAGCUUUUGUUGAUUAGUGGCACUCUUUAGCAUUUGCCAUGCCUUCUGGGAAGGCACUGUCUUUGACACCUGUUGUGUGAAAUCCUUGUACCUACUAUAGGGGUGUUAUACCACGGGAACGUUUGUGGCUUGUCUCACACUAGGUAACCAUGGUGACAGCAUCAUCAGCUUCUCUGCUGCAGCCUUGCACUUGUGAGACUGUAUUAAUUGCUUUGACCAUCAAUUAUGCUAGACAACCUUGUUGUUUUGGAUGUAGCCAAUAAGCUUAACCCAGUGUUCCCACUAUUUUCGUUUCUUUCCUCUUUGAUUUUUGCGAUACGUCUCAGCAUAGAAGCUUGUGAUUAAAAAUGGUAUUUCUCUUAAAGGGAUAAGGUGAACUUUGACCUCUGUGGAAGUCUUCCUUUUCACCCAGAUUGUAAAUGUAAAGAAUGACUCUGGGUUCUGUUUUAUUUUAUUGGAUGAUCAAAGAAUUUACUAAAUUAAAAAAUAAUUCUAAUACAAAUUGGAG